CCCUGCCCUAGGGUGCCCUCUGUCCCGGGCGCGCACCCUGCCGGGAAGCCCUGGGACCACAGCUGCUCGGCGGGCCCGGCCCAGAAUAGCCUCCUUUCCGGGCAGGGGUGCCUGGGCCCGCAGCGCCAGCGCCCGAAAUAGGGCUCGGCCCGGCCCGGAGGCCCGCGGGCAGCGGCCGGAGGGCGCGGGAGGCCGCCCAGCUCCGGGACGCGGGGACCCGGGGAGAGGGGCGCAGGCCGGGAUCCCCGGGCGCGGACAUCCGGGCGGGGCAGGGGCCCUGUGGCGGACCGGGGAGGGUUACCUUGGAACGUGCCUCAUGCAAGAGGAUGGUCCAACUUGUUGUCGGAACCUGCAGGAAUCCCAGGCUGGGGUCCAAAAAUAUUCACGGAGGGCGCAGCCUGGCUGGAGUUCUAGAAGUCAGACCCGGGUGCUCCAGAGAGCCUGUCAGAGCCAGAGGUCUGCCCAGAGACCUCAGCUGCAGGUGAAGGGCAGCAGCGUGGGCAGAGAGAAGGGGCCGUGGAAGACCGAGAACCUGACCUUAAGCUCUCAAGGAGCACCCGGAGGCUUCCCCCAUCCCGCCUCCUCUCUGACCACAGCGAAGAUGCAGAUGAAAGCCCACAUCCAGUCCCCAGCUGUCCCCAGCCUGGGUGUUUGGAUUCAACAGGGACAUCUGAGGGACGGAGACUGCUGUGUGCCCGUGGCCACCUCACUGUCAGGAACCCAGGGCGUUGCAAAGAGCUGGCUGUCGGGCAUCCCCUGGACUUUUCCCUGGGUAACAAUGCCAAGGAGCUGGGGUACUGGCCAGAUUUCCCACGCCUGGCCCUGGGGCUCCUCCUGCCCCACCCCCCUCGCCUUGACCAUGGAGGCUCCGAAUAAGCUUUCUAGAGGAUGUUCUUUCUUGUGUGAGGGGUCAUCUGAGGUUGCUAAGACAGAGCUCUUCACCAGAGAAAUGCAGGAAGCAUCUCUGCAGCUAAAUGAGGCAAUGUCUGUGGGGGACUCGGCCGUGCCAGGCGGGCUCUGGCCACGUGCCCCCUCCCUGAGAGACACUGCCCUUGGCCAUGCAGUCCUUGGCUAGACCCACUACUGGGCUUCAUCCGUGGGCACCUCUUCAGUCUGUCCUCUGCUCAAGGUGUCCUUAACAGAGCCUAAAGGGACGUUCUGCUCGUCCCUACGCCCCAAGAGCAAAGAAGGACACCUUUCUCAGGCUCUUCCUGAAAGAUUCAAGGAAAAAAAGAAAAAAAAAGUUCCUAAUCUGAGAUCCUGCAGAACCAACCCCCCCCCCCCCAGAACUGGCUUGAAUCGUGUCUCCAAAAUUCUUGUCCACAUGGAACUUGUGCAUGUGACCUAAUUCGGAAAUCGGGUCUUUGCAGAUGUAAUUAGUUACGAUGAGGUCAUG